AUGGACAUUACAAAACGUUCAGGAUACAGAGAUUUUAUGUGGGCAGUAAAUCUACAUCGUGUAGGUUUCAAAAUGGUGGGUUUGUGGCCUAAACUCAACAAAUGUACUAAGAAAAGUUUGUGGCCAGAAAUUUGGUUCGGCAUCGUUCUUAUUUUAUUGAUAUUUGUUUGUAAUAUUCCAAUGAUAUGUGCAGUUAUACAAGUUUGGGGCAAUAUGCUAUUUGUAAUAAACAAUUUACAGACAGCAUUACCCCAGCUGAUGGUAUCAUUGAAAUACAUUAUCAUACGACGGAAACAAACAGUACUCUUGUCAAUUGUAAAUAUGAUGGCGGAAGAUUGGAUGGCAUUCAAGAUGGAUGAAGAAAGAGAUGUGAUGAUAAAACGAGCACAAACAGGACGAUUAAUUAUGAUGAUUGGAUAUGCUCUCGUGGUAAUAGGGUUUCUCACAUUAAUUAUUCUUCCUUGUUUUGGCAUUCAAGUAACACACGUAACAAAUUCUACGGGUCGGUAUAAAGCAUUACCGUUGGAAACGUAUCACUUCUACAAUACAGAUAAGAGUCCGCAAUUUGAGUUGACAUAUUUUAUUCAGACUGUGACAACGUUGUUAGCAGCUAUUACUUAUAUGUCUAUAGAUAUUUUUCUAGUACUAACAGUUCUUCAUAUUUGUGGCCAGUUAGAAAACUUUAGAUAUCGAUUAAUUAAUUUGAUUUCAUGCAAAAACUUCAAUAAAGUUUUAAACAACAUUGUGACGACCCAUUUACGUCUUAUCAGGUAUGAAUUUUUAUUGUGA